AGGGGAAAGCAUGGUGUGUGCACGUGCUGUUCGCAUGAUAGUAACAUAUGACUGGGUCAGUAUCAACCAAUAGCAAUCCAGGGCCAUGUAUAACUUACAUUGUUAACAACAAGAUCAAUGCAAGCACUAGUAAAGGACCUUGGAUCGUUAAUUAGGAGGCCUGAAAUAGUCGUCUAAAAUGGCAAACUGCCAAACGCCUGAAGAAUUCCUUCAGCACGUCCAAAAAAAUAACCCAGGUGAAAGCGAAUUCUACCAGGCUGUAGAAGAAGUCGUUAUAGCACUAUGGGACUUCCUGGCAGCCAAUCCAAAGUACCUCAAGGGUGGCAUCUUAGAGCGUCUAGUAGAGCCUGAGAGAAUCAUCAUGUUCAGGGUCCCAUGGAGAGAUGACAAGGGUGUGGUUCAUGUCAACAGAGGGUACAGGGUAGAAUUUAAUUCAGCCAUUGGUCCAUACAAGGGUGGUCUUCGAUUCCAUCCAACGGUCAAUCUCAGUAUCUUGAAGUUCCUUGGUUUUGAACAGGUGUUGAAGAACAGCUUAACAACUCUGUCAAUGGGUGGAGGCAAAGGUGGUUCUAACUUUGACCCUAAAGGAAAGUCUGACAGCGAAGUGAUGAGUUUCUGCCAGUCAUUCAUGUCUGAGCUGCAACGAUACAUCGGCCCAAACACGGAUGUCCCAGCUGGGGACAUUGGAGUCGGCGGCCGCGAGAUCGGCUAUCUGUUUGGUCAAUAUAAACGACUUCGUAACGAGUUCACUGGUGUUCUCACGGGAAAAGGCAUUGCUUGGGGUGGUAGCCUGAUUCGACCUGAAGCAACUGGUUAUGGAUUGCUGUACUUUGUAAACGAAAUGCUUGCCAACAAGGGUCAAUCUCUCAAAGGCAAGAUUAUAACUGUAUCUGGGUCAGGCAACGUCGCGCAGUAUGCUGCACAAAAAGCGAUAGAAUUUGGCGCGAAAGUAGUCUCCCUUUCAGACUCUAAUGGAGUAAUAUACGACCCCAACGGCAUCGACAAGGCAAAGCUGGCAUACGUCAUGGAGCUGAAAAACGUCCAACGUGGUCGCAUAAAGGAGUAUGCUGCGAAGUAUAACGUCGAGUACCACGAGGAGAAACGCCCGUGGUUUAUUAAGUGUGACGUAGCGUUACCAUGCGCAACUCACAACGAAAUCAACAAAGCGGAUGCCGAGAUGCUUGUCAAGAACGGAUGUACUUUGGUUGGUGAAGGCGCUAACAUGCCAACGGAGCCAGCAGCCAUUAAAGUGUUCCAGGAUGCGCGCGUGCUUUACGCACCAGGCAAAGCCUCCAAUGCUGGUGGUGUGGCUGUGUCGGGACUGGAGAUGAGCCAGAAUAGCGGGCGUGAGACCUGGACCCGAGAGGAAGUGGAUAGCAAGCUAAGCAAUAUUAUGAAGGAAAUACACGCAACAUGCUUGAAGUACGGGUCGAAACCCGAUGGAUACGUCGAUUACGUUAGAGGAGCCAAUAUUGGUGGGUUUGUGAAGGUUGCUGAUGCUAUGAUUGACCAAGGCGUCGUCUAAACAAACAUUAGAACUCAUUUUAUUUAUAAAUUUAUCGUAUUUUUAUGAUUUGAUUUUUUAACGAUUUUUGAUGUCUGAGUUUUGAGUUUUGAUGAUUAAGGAUGACGAAAAAAGAUUACACCGAACAUUUUCUCAUAAUAUUUAAUAUCUAAUACGCCUGAAACUACGGGAACUAUGGGACUAUUAGGAAAUAUAUCUGAUCGUCAUCCUAUGUCAUUGAAUUAUAAACCAAUUUUGAUCAAAAAUAUAUUAUUUUGAUACAUAUAUACUGAAAGAAAAAUUGUAACGUAUUCUCAAAGGGAAAGGUCGAAUGGAUAAAAAAAACUUUUGCUUUAUCAAUUUUUUUAGUAUAUUUGAAAUAUGUUCAGAACCUGGAAAAAUUGAUGCACGAGUUUCAUGAUAAUUUGGAAGAAUUCAAAAAACUAUAUGAGGCGAUAUUACACGGUGCAACGGAGACGCAAUCGUUGCCAAAACCUUUCGCAAGGUCUUUGCAAUGAUCAUGAUUGCUGCAACUUAUAUCGCGACAUUUUUUUCAAACUGCGUUGUAGGUUACACGCUGCAAUGCUCUUUGCGAGACAAGCUCUAGAGAAAAUUGCUCGGUGUAAAUGCGCCUUAAAUCUUUGUCGUUUUACUUUACCUUACAGUUAACGUUGUGUGAUGAAAGAUGUGGCGUCGGUGCUGAUGCCAGAAAAUGUUAUGUUGAUAAAAUCGCGAAGACGUAAAAGAACUUCAGCAUUAAUGGAGAAUUUUCUUUAAA